ACAAGGAAAUAGCAAGAUUCAAAAUAACUGAGUGUACAGAAAAAAAUGACAUGUACAGAACAUGAAAAUGAAUGACGGAAAAUAAAAUAUCAAAUAAAAGUUAGAGGUCUAUUUAGAAAAUAGAAUAUAUUUGUAUAUACAGUACGGGUCAUUUUCAUAUAAUUUGAUCAAUUGCGGUAAAGACGUGGGCCACUCAAUUUCCUUUUGAAAAUCAAUACAUUUUAUUGAUGUGAGCAUUUUGAAUUAUUGGCGGUUGUAAUCCGUGACCAAAAGGUCACAAUUGCUUCUCAAGGAAGAAAAGAAAAAAAAUCUAAAAUAAUACUUUUCAAAGUCGUAAUACCAAGCUGUCUUUACCAUUAGGUGUCAGAAAUGACGUUUCGUGAUCCGUAACAUGUUUUCUGAAGAUGCGAAUUACAUUUUCGGAGAUACAGCUGAAACCAGAUGUUUACAUACACUUUAAAAAGACACAUGCACUUCUUUUUCCUCGUUGCCUGACAUCAAAUCAGACUAAACAUUUCCCUGUAUUAGGUCAAUUAGGAUCUAGCAUGACUGUAAUUUUCCAAUUAUUUUGAAAAUUAUCUGUCACGUGAAAAGGCGAAGAAAUCACUCAGCAGAUACAUAAUUGGCCCAGAGUUCAUUCUGAGUGGGUAAAUUUAAUUGAAGUAAAUUGAGAAGAGAUCAUCCUUAUUUCAGUGGAUAUAUGUUUUGUAAUAUUGUUCUAAUGUAAAAUUUGUAUGUGCCUGUGUUCAACAAAGAGAAGCACUGUUCUGCACUGUGCAAAGGCCAUCUUGAAAAUGCUUUAUUAGGUCAAAAAAAUAAAUAAAAUAAAAAAAACAGUAGUUGCUGUUCCAUUCAAGUCGUGUAGGUGUCAAUGGUGUGCUUUCAAAUUCUCGCCGGAAGAAGACAUUUAAGACAUCUGUGGACUGUGAAUGCUAAUGCUAAAAACAACGGCAACAAGAAAACAAUGCACUUUUCGUAAGGCCGCUGAACCGUGUGACACGGCCGAAUGCGACGCGACUUUUCACGAGUGGCUAGUUUUGCUGCAAUUUUAAAUUGGAAUUGCAGGUUAACAGCAUCGCAACGUCGCAGAUGACAAGGGCCGACGGGAAAUGUCGUGGUGUGUCGCGUAAUCUUUGACCUCUAAAAUGAGCUCUCUGAGUAUGACGCAAGAUCCGGCCAGCUGCUGCUAAGAUGUAGCCUACACUUGGAAAAAAAGUAUAACAAAGCUGUCACUGGUUCAUUUUUGUUUUUUAAUGCAAAUUGUUGAACAUUUUUACUUUGCGACUUAAAUAUAUACUUUUUUUUUUUUGAAUUUACUGUAACAUGUACAGAUUGGCACCCGACUGAAAUAUUUAAAGCAAACGAAAUUAAGUUAGCAAGCGCUAACAUUUUGGCUAACACCGGACUUUGGGCGAUUGGCGAGCUGCGCCCUGGACCGCAUGUACGGACAAUUUACAAGCGGCAGCGAAAUUAACAUGCGUGGUUGUUUUUAUUUGGAACGUGGGUGGAAACCGAAGUACCUUGAUUCCAACUCGCAACCUCUGACCAUGAGGCAGACACACUCACCACGUGCCUACAGGCCUAAUAUACAUAAUAAUUCCAUUUGAACCCAAUUUAAAUAAUUACCAUGGAAAUAAAACAUCCUUUGUCGCUUGCAAUCAUUUUGUUGUAUUCCCUGAUUGGACCCCCCACCCCCAUGCUUGUGAGAAGAAUAGAGAUGUAGAGGGGAGGGGAUUUGUUGGAGACGUCACCAAACAUGCAUUCCUACUUUCUCCCCAUUUUCUGCUCUCUCCCUCCCACUACCUCUCCCUGUCUCUUUCUUCCUCCCGGUGAGCAAGCUGCCCUCCCUCGUCAUCGUCAAGCCAUCAUGGGCACAACAUAAGCGCCUGCAGGCUUUCCACGCAUCAUGGGUUGCUCCCUCUGUAAAAGUCACAAAGAUGUCCACUGUCCCGUGACGGCGCUCCACGAGGGUCAUCCUGCACUCUCCGCCAAGGAUGAGCAGGCUCCGUCAAACGGCAGAGCAGCAGAUAAAAGCGACCACUACAACAUUGGCGAGCUGGCCACGUCCUCUCUGUUAGGUCUGGUGGCUACGAUAAAGGACCACAUCACCAAGCCCACGGCCAUGGCUCAAGGGCGAGUGGCUCACCUGAUCGAGUGGAAGGGCUGGGGAGGCGGGCCAGGCGGCGGGGGCUGGAGCGGAGGCUGGGCUCGAGGAGGCGGAAGCUGGGGGCCCCAGGAAGAUGAACAAUUUUACUCCCAAAUGACAGAUGAGAUCAAGGAAGCUCGCUUUGCCGCCGGAGUAGCAGAGCAGUUUGCCUUGGCUGAGGCGGCCAUGAGUGUUUGGCCCGUGAACGACUGCUUCGAGCAACCUUCGACCAGCUUGCAAGGAGCACCGAGGAGCCACCUGUUGUCUUGUUUCCUGCUGGACGACGGAAGCGUCAGCGUGCCCCAGUACCUGCACGGCCUCCGCGCUCAGGCACACGGCGACGGCCAGCUCGGCGGCCUGGUCGCCCCCCGACCUCCGCUGGUGGCCUCCAUUAGACAGCGGGAGAGCAAUUCUCCCAGCGAGGACAAACGCAGUGCGGUCAGCGCAGAGGCGGCCGUGAGACACAUAGACAGCAGCUCGCCGUCCGAGGAUGAUGUGUUUUAUAAUUAAACACCUUCGCAUUGCAACUGCGGCGGUGCCUUGCGAUACGAGAUCCUCACUUCACAACAAGCAGCAGUUUGACAGGUGGUGAACAAUCCUUUAAAAAAAAAAAAAGAAAAAAAAAAGAGGCUUCAAGCUGUUAAAUGCCAAUCGCAGUCGAAGUUUACCGUCAAACUAAACAGAAGAGAAUUACACGUUGUGCGUUGAAAACAACCAUAUUCUGUAGCUUUGCCUUUGGAAAGUCCACUUAGCUUAAUGCUAACAAACAAUGCAAAAUGCCAUUGACAGGCUAAUGAAUCACAUCAGUGUUUGACCCGUUAAGCCGUGGAUAUUUGAACACAAACGGUGUAACAACACAAUGGAGACAGACAAUUUGAUACUCACCGGCAUAUACUCUUUAUCCUCUUCAAAGAAUGACUAAUACAGGUACAUCUUGGUAAAUUUGAAUUGAUGAUUACAGCAAAUUACAAACAAUCAAGAAACAAUGAUGAGCAUUUUCUAUGUGGAAACUAGGCAGGAAUUUUCUCUCUUAAAAGUCUUUUCCCCAAGUGUUUAAUGAAGCUAUAUAAUGUUUGAGUACUGAAAUAAAUGGAUUUUUCUACCAGUCUACUGUAUUGAGCGUUACCUGUCCUACUGCGGCUUACUCGGAAGCUGACACCAGCGUCAUGUGCAGAACCCUCCAUCUGUAUGUCUGCAUUAUCCUGCUCCCCGGUGGCCGCGCCGCUAACACCAGAAGGAGCAGCACAAUGUCCAGUGAAUUGAAGCAAAAGUGGUAAAAGGCAUCCAAUUUCUUUACAUUGUAUUUGAUUGUCAUUGACUGCAUAUUUUUUAUAAAGUACAAUAUUGUAGAGUGCUAUUUUUCAUAUUAAAAAAAACAACAAAAAAACAUUACAAAUAUUCUUCUGGGUUUUAUUGGGACGGAGGAACGAAUUAAUGGCAUUUCCAUUCUUUCCAUUGGGGAAGAUGAUUUGAGAUACAAGCGUAGGAACAAAUGAAACUCGUAUCUCAAGGCACCCACCACUGUACCUGCAUUUGAAAGCAAAAAGAAAAAAAAGGUUCAACACCAGCAGUCACUGAAAAUAACUUCACGUGAAACAUUUGCGAAUGUAUCCUGUCGUGGCUUGGCUAAAUUGGACUUUUAUACUCAGUGUACAUUUUUUUAUAGCGUUGAUUCUCAACCGGGACCCGCAUUUGCCUUAUUUGCAACAUCCCGACCCAUUAGUGGGGACUAUUCGUCCUCACAUGGUGACAUGUAAUCGCCUGCCAGAGUUGCAAUGUGAAACUGCAGAGAAGCCAAACCAUGUGUUUGCACUCAGACAGUGACGACACUAAUCGCGUAUUCAUUAUUCAUUCAUAUUCAUUCAAGUGUAUUGACAGCGGUGCUGUGCAAGCGUAGCAACGGCUCUUCGCUUGGUGAAUUCGGAGCCGCCCCGUUAGUGCUCUUUAAUCUUGUUUAAUCGUUCUCAUUAGACGUAUUUGAAGCAGAUGAUU